ACUCAAUCAGCUCUUGACUUAUAUCUAAGAUUUUUAUAUUAUUAUAACCACCAAAUUUUUCUCUUUUCUUUUAAAGAUGUCUUCCAACUUUACCCCAAGCUCUUUUGAUACUAAAUCUCAGUAUUCUGAAGCUGAUACUAUAGCUUUAAGCUCUAUUGAAGUUAUAGAAUCUCCUUCUUCUUCCUCUUUUUUUCCUAGAGAAAAUUCCUCUAUUAGAGACCCUUUUACUGAAGAAACCACUUCUGAAAGUUUUAAUGAAACUAAAGAAAAAGGUAGUUAUAUCUUUAUAGAAGGGCUUUUUACUAGAGAUUUACUUCCAGAAAUUUCUGGUUAGAAAAGAGAAUAUUUAGUCUCUUGCACUACGUAAGUUUUUUUAUCUUAUUUUAGCAGCAGGAAGGGACGGAAAACAACACCCAACUCAUUAACUUACCCUAGGGGAAAUGCACAGAGAGUCGUCGCACAGGCGUCUUGACCGGUCAGCCCGAAGCUGCACCAGAUUACGCGUAUGAGGUCGGAUCAACCUGAGGCUUAUGUCUCCUGAUAGGGAAGCAUCUCAUGAGAUAGAAUAUCGGGUCGGUCGCAGGAAAGUCCGCUGGCAAGGCAUCAAUAGGGCCUGCGGCAGCCCGAUAUCUGAGGGAUGUCGAAGACGGAAGUUGGACAAGGAACGUAGUGACGGCAA